AACAGGAUUUUCCAAAAUAAAUCAAUAAAAAUAAUUGAAAAAGAAUUAUGCUAUGCAAUAAACAUUUGGAUAUUUCAAUCAUAGAAGAAAUGACCAUCAUUUUAUGCAUUUUCAGCAAGAAUUUCUUUUUGUUUUCAAAUAUUAGAAAAAUAACAACCGCAAGAUGAGGAUUAAAAUUUAUAAUCUCGAUAUGAUUAGCUCAUCGAUUGCUAUAUUUUUAUUAUUUGUGUCCUUAUCAUCAAUUACGAUGGCACAAUCAAAUGAUUUAUGGUCAAUGAUACGAAAUUUUGAUCGAUAUAUUCCGGUUUUUGGUUCCUGUGAUCGAAUUGUGUAUGCUGGAGUGGCUAAUUGUAUGAACAAUUUUGGUCCAUCAAGAAUAUCGAAAGGAAGCUGUUGUGCAUAUCGAAAAUAUCGUGCCUGUAUACAAGGUCUAAAAGAUGGCCAUAAUUUUGCUGUUGCACGUGACCGUUGUCCACCACGUUCAUUAUCGAUGCCAGUCGUAUGGGCUGUAUCUGAUCGUUUAAUCGGUUUGCCAUUAAGUUCAUGUCCAAGUAAUUCUUGCCGUAGCAGCAAACCAAAACAAGGAUGAUAUUUUAUUCAUUUAAUUUUAUCUUAGAAAAUUUUCAAAUAACAAAUGGAUGAAAUAAAUAAAAUUUGUUUUUUGU